AGCACCAUAUCCAAAUCAAAAUUCAGAUCGUCUUCGAGAUCCGAGCUUAGAGCAAAAUGAAACCGUUCGCAUGCAUCUUCGUUAUCCUUGUUGCCCUGCUGGCCGGCAGCCAGGCCACAUUCGAUAGUCUCCUGGGCGGUGGUGGCGGCGGCGGCGGCGGUGGCAAUAUCAAUGGCGCUGGUGGUGCUGGCGGCAUUGUCCAGCUGCUGCAGAGCAAACUGGGCAGUCUUGGCGGCGGUCUGGGCGGCGGUCAGAGCGGAGGACUUGGCGGAGGACUUGGCGGUGGACUUGGUGGUGGACUUGGCGGCGGACUCGCCAGCAAGCUUGGUGGCGGAGGCGCUGUUGGUGGCGGCUACUCGGGCGCACGUUCCGGCGGCUACUCUGCUGGCCCAGCCCGCGCCUACUCUGCUGGCCCAUCUCGUGCCUACUCAGCUCCAUCCAAGGUCGUCAUCCUGGAGGUGGUCAACCAGGGACAGAGCGGCGGCUACUCCAGCGGCGGUGGUUAUGGUGGCUACUCGGGCGGCUACGCUCGCUCCUCCGGUGGUUCGGGCUGGAACAAGGGCUGGUAAACGGCCUCAGGCUCAAGUUCAAACAGGGAGUUUGGCUAGCAUCUGCAAUGUUUUCCAAUUAUUUCUAAGU